AUUUCCAUUUAUAAACCUUACUGUUUCCAUGAAUUGCUAGAAGAAGAAUAAGAAGAAUUUAGAGAAAUCUUUUGUCCAACUUUUUCUUCUAACAUUCACAAGUUGCGACUGAACAUUUGAAGUGAACAAUGUGUUCCCUACGCGAAGUAUGUUUAUAUUUAAUUUUAACCUAUUUACUGCUUAUCUCAUUUUCCCAUGGGUGUAGUAGAAGGAAAAAGAAGCGGGAUCGAACUUCUCCGACCCUAAGAGGUUGCCCUGGUGAUUUAGAGUAUUAUACAGACUACAAGAAACCUUAUUCAUCCAGAGUUACCUGGGGAACGAUAACUGCAUGGGAUGACAGGGAUGGGCAUGUCAGUGCUGUGCGAUCAAAGGGCAUUGGUCCAGGACAAUAUUUUUACCAGGGUGUACAUACUAUCCAAUACGUUUCAAAAGAUAGAGCGGGAAACCCAGCAUCGUGUUCGUUUAAAGUCAAUGUUAGACUUAGACAAUGCGACAAACUACAAGCGGUAUCGAACGGUUGGUAUUCUUGCGAUGAAACAACCCGCAUGUAUGUUGGAACUCGCUGCAAGUUCGGUUGCUAUGCAGGAUUUCAACUUAACACUGGGGAUGCAAAUACGAUCGAAUGCGCGGGACAUAAGCGGUGGAGCGUGGACCAACAACCAAAAUGCAACCCAAUCACUUGCCCUACUCUUCAAGCUCCUUUACAUGCGAGUCUUGCUUGCUCCAAAAAGUACGAGUACCAAAGCGCGUGCCAUUACAGUUGUAGUGAAGGUUACGGAAUAUUACCAGGACAAUCACGCGUUCGAACGUGUAGCAAAACUGGAGAAUGGAUUGGCGGGGAACCAAAGUGCGUAGAUAUAAUACCACCAACUUACACAAACUGCCCCGCGAUGGUUACGGUAUAUGCGGAUGAAUCCAAACACACCGGUACUCCUAGAUGGAACGAUCCAAAUUUUACGGACAAUGAGGGUAUCGGAGGUGUAAACUCAGAUCAAGUUCAAGGGCCAAGGUCGGCUACAGAACUGGGCGUAGGCGACUACACUGUUGUAUACGAAGCUUCUGACAGAGCCGGCAAUACGGCUAGAUGCGAGUUUACAGUCGUUGUAAAACAGAUAACUUGUCAGUCUCUGUACCCAAGACCUUAUACGUCGCUUGUUUGCCCAACUGGAAAGAUAUACGGGUCAUCAUGUUACUUCACUUGUGCGAACGGAACUGAGCUUACCGGAACUGAAGAAAUAAAGUGCGAAACGAUUGACGCUGGUCAUACCAGCGUUGCUUAUGGCCUUUGGUCAUUUGGAACAGCACAACCCUUCUGCGAACUGACGGAUACAUGCCAAAAGCCCGAACCUCCGGAAAAUGGCGCCCUGGCUUGCGAUACUUGGGCAGGCGGGAAAUAUUGCGUUGUUCAGUGCGGAGAAGGUUUUGUCAUAGAAGACAGUACCUUUGACAGUCUAUUGACGUGCAGCGAUAAUAGUGGAAUGUUUACGGGAAUCGGAGAGGAUCAGAUCGUUCCUAGUUGUACAGCGGAGUCAUCAAACCCAUUUUUCAACUAUAAAAUUGAGGAAUACUACUACUUCGAUGGUAACUGCAACGAAUCAACCACAGAAAUACAAGAACAUUUCAUUGAAGCAUUGCUAGCUGGAUUAGGAGACAUUUGUUCAGCUAAUGUCUGUGAUAUCGAGAUUGUUGAGGUUAUAUGUCCAGAUUCAGACGAAGCUAGAAGAAGGCGUUCGUCAGACUCAGCAACAGUCAUUGUGUGUGGCUUUGCUGUAUCAAUACAACAAAAUAGCCAAUCAAAUGUGCAAACAGCGUUUGAUAUCAAGACUAAACUUUCUGAAGGCAGCCCAAAUAAAAGCCUUAACAUCAGUUCAGGUUCUCUGCUAUUUGAAGGAAGGACGGUUUCCAAUCCGGAAUUAUCAUGUCCUUUGGGCUCAUAUAAGGACAACUUUACUCUUACAUGUGUUGAAUGUAGAAGAGGCAGAUUCCACAAACCUGAAAACAACCGAUGUGAAAUCUGUCCUCGCGGCAUGUUUCAGCCAUUGCCAGGGCAAACUAAGUGUGAUUAUUGUCUUUUUAACAAAACAACAGAAAGGAUGGGAGCUGUGCACUUUGACGAGUGUAUUGAUGCGUGUCCGCCUGGAUAUUUCUCAGCCAACGGGGUUCUUCCAUGUUCUCCAUGCGACACAGGCAACUUUGCGUCCACCUUUGGUUCUGUAGAAUGUUCAGUCUGUCCUGGACCCACAACAACCAAACCUGGUGAAAUAGCUAAGUCCGCUGAUGAUUGUUAUGAUUUCGACCUUCAAUUUUCAUCGGAUUCCGUAAAGAGUGCUGUUGCGACAACCAAGCAAGAAGUUAUGUUGGAAUCAAAUGUUUAUCUCAGUUUCUGGUUAAAGUGUUCAGCAUGCUACAAUAUAUUUAAAAUAUAUGGAGAAUUUGAUGAAACAAUUGCCUUUCUCGGGCAUGCAAAUAACACUGUGGAACUGAACUGGAAAGGCUGUGUAUUCACGGGACAUAUUGAUGCGCUUGAAUUCACAAAACGGUGGCAACACGUCGUGCUUCAUUUGCAAGACGAUAGUAUGACACUUGUUUUAAACGGACACCCGAUAAUAUCAGGGCAGAACUGCUCUACCACACACAUGGCAGCUACAAAUUUGACUCUUCACGUUGGAGGCGACGGUUUUAGUGGAAGAUUGACUUCCUUUAACGUUUGGGACUACAAACCCAUCAGCGACGAUACCAGAAACUGCUUCUCGGAAAAUGAAGGAAACAUCUUUUCUUGGAAACAGUUUGCUGAUGCAGAGGGCCAUUUUGCUGUCUCGAUUAGUCAGUGCGAUGACUAUGAUAACUGCCAAAGUGCACCAUGUUUGAAUGGUGGAACCUGUUACGACAAGAUCGAAUCCUUUACAUGUUCUUGUAUGCAAGGUUUCGACGGAGUGAAAUGCGAACAGAACAUUGAUGAUUGCGAUAUGAAUUCCUGCCAAAAUGAAGCUACAUGUGAAGACGGGAUUGACACAUACAUAUGCGAUUGUGGUGUUCAUUACACAGGCGAAUUUUGUGAAAUUUUCGUCGUGAAUGGAUCGUGGUCGGCUUGGGGUGACUGGGGAGAAUGCUCAGUUACCUGCGGCAGGGGACAACGUUCGCGUUACCGUCAGUGCGACAAUCCUGUGCCGGAAAAUGGCGGAUUUGACUGUGUCGGUGAAAAUGAGAAGGUUGAGCCAUGUGCUUUGCCAGAUGAUUGCAUUUACGAGUGUAACGAGGACCCCGAAGAUCCCGAGAAUGGCGCCAUAAAUUGCUCAUGGACAAGCAAUGUCACCAAGGAGUGCUUCCCCUUUUGUCAGGAUGGUUUCGCGUUUGAUUCCGAUGAAUUCUUGGAUCAUAUUGAGUGUGGACCUAACACAGGAUUUACAUGGAAUAUACGGAAUGAAGAUAACCCGAAGGCACAAAUACCAUCUUGUACAGAGGCCAAACUUGCUGAAGAUAACAUAAUGAGAUAUUCUGGUGAAUAUGAAAUUGUAAAUGGCGACUCCAGCAGUGCCGACAACAGCAGCUUAAGACCUGCAGUGAAACUGAAAGUAGAGAGUCUCGUUGAGGAGUUAGAUUGUGUGGUAUCAGGAACUUGCAACGUCAAAGGUUUAGAAGUAGUAUCAGAGGUGGAUACGGCAUCUAUCAGAAAGAGGUCUUUGGCAGGCAUGCUAUUUGUAUUAAGGCUUUCUUGUUCGCCAAAUGCAGAAUUUCGGGAAUGCUACGAUAUCUUAGAACAAGCUUAUAACACUCUUCAAAAUUACGUCAAUCAGACGUUGUUUGCGGUCAACGUUAAUGGAGUUACGUUAGACCUAGUACACAAUGGAACAUCUGUAGAAGGAGAAGUGAACUGCUCACCUGGCACUGUGCAGAUUGAUUACUUCUGUGUACCCUGUGGGUCAGGAAACUACCCCGAUGAUUUCUUCUGUGAGCGUUGUCCACGUGGAACGUACCAGGAUGAGAUUGGCCAGUUGGACUGUAAACCUUGUCCCGAUGGCUGGACCACCGCUGGGAUGCAAACUAGAAACAUCUCACUUUGCAACGUGCCACUGGAUAAGCCAACACACAGUGAACGUCCUGUUUUCUAUAGCUUCAUAAUUACUGGGUUGGUUGUGAGUGUGUUCUUAGUUUUUAUUGGCGUUUGGUGUAAUCGUAAAUUGGUAAAAAGCAACGUGUAUUGUGGAAGACGGCCAAAGAAAGUCAGCGCAUAUCCACGCAGACACGGCCAUCCCCGAGAGAUUGGGAAUAUCAAAUAUGCAUGGGGUGAAAUGCAUCAUGGCCAAAGUAAUGCUGAUGAAAAUGACUUUGUUGAAAAAUCAAUAUGAAGGUCUACCCGAUAACAACUGACGUGGACAACGGCUUUCCACCUCCAUAUUCAAAAUGACAAUUUACAAUUUCAGACGUGAAUGUACAGUCCAGUCACAAACUUUCUUAAAGAUGAUUCAAUAAAUUUCCAGAAAGAAAUCGCGAUAUGCUUUUUGGGGAAAAAAAUGGAGACGUUUUAUAUAAACAUUACAAAGUGCAUAUUUAUAAUAAAAAAGUCAAUACUGUU